AUGAUGACGGAGCUGAUGCCGGCAGAGAAAUUAGGGUUGGGGAUUGGGCGAUGCCACCGCCUCCAGCUCAGGUUCUGCUGCCACAGUGUGUUGUGUGCUAUCGGCACGCAACGACGAGGUGCUCGAGAUGCAAGGCUGUCAGAUACUGAAAACAAGUGAGACCAACAAAGCAAAUCGUGAAGGUCUAGAAUAUAUGCACACUACGGGGACAAUAAGUUUUGCGAGGAUUCGCCAAAAAAUGGAAAAUGAGUUGGGAAGACCUCCAAGUGAAGCUGAAAUGUUUAUUGAGACCCGUAAAAAGAAGAUAAAUCCACAAGGAGAGAAAACAAUCAAUUUGAUAGGUGCUUUAGAAGAACUCAAAUCUCAAGAUGAAGAUGAUGAUGCAUGGGAUUUAGUCAAGAAAGAUGAACAUCCUGGACGUGUACGUCUUAGGGGGAGGGGUGUCACUAAAACCAUGCUCCAGAAUAAAAAUAAAAAGAUCAUGGAUUCCUCUGAGCAAGUUCCAGAAUCUGUUAAGUGA